AUGAAUAAAACUGCUAACGAAGCCGCUCAAGUGGUGGCAUUAAUGGAAUCAGGGAUGCGUCAAUAUGAUGUUGCGCGUCAACUAAACAUGAGCCGUUUUGCCGUUCGACGAGUUUUCCAAGAGACUAUCAAGAGACUGGUGGCUUUAUUCGGAGGCAUGGAUCAGGCCGACAACGCUUCAGAACGGACAGAGGUAAUCGUUUUAUUGUCUCGACGUCUUUGCGCAAUCGAAUGCUGUACAGCUUCAACAGCAACUCCACGCAGUUCGUAGUACAAUAGUAAGCUUCUUUACGGUUAGGAGAAGGUUAGGAGAACAAAAAAUUGUGGCCCGCGGACCUGCUACCGGUCCGAAACUGACUGCACAGCUCCGCAAAGAACGGUUAUAGUUUGCUCGUGAACACGUUAAUUGGAAUCUCCGCCAAUGGAAGACUGUGCUCUUUUCGGAUGAAACAAGGGUGUGUCUAUUCAGCAAUGACAAAAAAAGGAAUGUGAACCAAAGGCAGGGUGAACGGUUUGCAUAAGACUGUAUUGAGGAGACAGUUAAUUAUGGGGGUAGUUCAUGCAUGUUCUGGGUUGGCAUUUCCAUCGAUAGCAAGACCGAGCUUGUAUGCGUUUCCUGGACUGGUGGUGCUCGAGGACAAGGAUCGCUGAAUUCUUAUCGAUACAUCACAGAAAUCUUAGAGGAGCAUGUGGUACCAUAUGCGGGUUUUUUUGGCGAUGGGUUUAUACUAAUGCACGAAAAUGCUCAUUCCCACGCCGCACUAAUUGGAAGGAAUUAUACUGAAGAAGUUGGAAUCCCUGUUAUGAACUGGCCAUCGAGAAGUCUAGACAUAAACCAAAUUGAGCACCUCUGGGAUGAAUUAAAACGACGAGUGCGGCCACAUGAUUCUGUCCCAACAACCCUCCAAGUUCUUAAAAAUGCUGUUAUUGCGCAAUGGAUGAGCAUUCCUCAAUAA